UAACCUCAAAAGCUUAUUUAUUUUCCUAGAUUUUAUUUAAUAAGAAAACCUUUUCUUUCUAGUUUUAAUAUAUUAUAAGUUACGAAACAUAAUUAUGUGGAAAGUUAAGUUUAAUUAUAAUACAUAGCUCAGCUCAUACAAUUCAUUGUGAAAAAUACAGUGAUGAAAAAUGAAAAAGUUACUUUAGUAAUUUGUACUUAAAUUUUAAUUUUUCUGUGAUAAAAAGUAUACUAUGGAUACAAAAUAUAAAAAACUUCGCAGGCGUUUAAACGAUUUAGGAUAUAAUCAACCAUUAGUCCCUGAAGCUGUUCCUUUAGUGGAGAAAUUGCUGCAUGAUUUGAUUCAAACAACCGAAAGUUUACAAAAAUACAUGACUAUAGCAAAAAGAGCAAUAGAGGAACGAGACUUAUUACAAUUAGGAGCUGAACCUUACAAGUGUGAUAAUGCAAAAUUGGUUAGAGAAUGCAAUGAUUUACACCUAGCUUUACUCCACUGCAAAGAAGACAAUGAUAAAAAUAUAAGAGUUUUUAAAAAAGAAAUUUCUAAGUUAGAGAAAGAAAAGACUAAACUUGAAAAUUCUUGUGAGAAGCUUAAACAUUACUGUUCCGAUCUAGAAAGUCAAUUGCAUAAAAGAUAUUCAAGAACAGCUGCCUCUGGUGUUAAACCAGCACUAAGAAGUAAAACAACUUCAGAUUUAGAAGUUAGGAAGCCCCGAUGCAAAAUACAAUUCAAUAAAACUUUAGACAUGUGUGAUCAAAGAAUACAUAACUUAUUAGAAGAAAUUAACUUCUUAAAAGAAGAGAGAUUGGAGUAUACUGAAAUGAUCAAAUGUUACAAACAACAGGUAAGGUGUAGAGAAAAAGAAAUUGAAAGGCUUCAGUGCAUGUUAGAAGGGGGUCGCCCAGCUGAUGCUCUUGUUAAAGACUGCUGUUAUAAAGAUGCUGAAGAAAAAUUAGAAAAACUACAAGAUGAGCUUUGCCAAUUGAAAAAAGAAAAAAUGGAUUUGGAAGAGCAUUUAAGAGAAUCAGUUAUAAAACAACAUGAAGCAAUGAAAAGGGCCCUUUGUUUGGUAGAUAAAAACAAACAGCUUGAAAAGGAACUUGGAGAUAUUGAUCAAAUGGCAUUAUCAGUUGAGGCAGAAUGUAAUUCUACAGUUAGAAACAGCGUUGAAAAAAUAAAUAGACUGCAGGCAAAAAUGCAUGAAAUAACGAUGCAGAAUCAACAUUUUGAAAGAGAACUGGCCGAGUUGAAAUGCGAGAAAGAUCAGCUUCGGGCUGAAAUGGAAUGUCUUAAGAAUGAGAAGGUACAAUUGCAGAAUGCUUUGGAAAAUGCUCUAGAGGAACAACAUCGUUUGUCUGACAAAAUGAAAGAAUAUGGAAAAAUUGAACAAGACCUAAAUAUGGAAAUAGAUCGUUUAUCUCAACUGUCGGCUUCCCAAAAGCGGAAACUCUCUGAAGCAGAAGGUCUAGGGAGUGGCAGUACCAAAUAUUCUCAUCCAGCAGCUGAAUCAACGCAACAAUGCCAACAAGUUCAGGAGCAGCGUUGUCGUCGUUCUCAAGAACAACGAUCUCAAAUUUCUCAAGAACAGCGAUCUCAGCAUUCUCAAGAGCAGCGAUCUCUGCAGUCUCAAGAACAACGACCUCAACAAUCUGAAGAGCCUCGUCGUUCACGUGAUCAGCGUCAAGAUAAGCGUCCUUCUGCGGAAAAGUAUCUUCAAGAACAACUUCAAUGUAAAAGUGAAGAACAGGAGAAGUUGAAGCAACAAUUGGAACAAAAGGAAGCUCAGAUAGCAAUGCUAAAAGAGGAGAACGAGCGUUGCAAGCAAAAAAUUCAAUCGGUAAAACAACGAUCAGAGUCUGAGUUCGAGGCUUUCUCCACUAAGUCUACGUUAAGAAAAGUGGAGAGGGAAAAAGAAAUGCUUGAAUGCGAGUUAAGAAAGUUAGACGAGGAAAAAAUUUCUUUGGAACGUUGCUUGAGGGAAGCUAAUGAAAAGUAUAACGAAAUGGAAUAUAAUCUACAGUGUGAGCUUCAGAUGGCAAGGGAAACGAUACAGAAGUUAGAAGAUGAGCAAAGAGAUUUACUAACCGAUGAAGGAACAAAAAGACACACCAUUAACUCUCUUGAGCAACAGGUGCAGCAGCUUACCGAAGAACUUCAAAACGCCCGAGCCGAAGCAAACCAAAAUAAAUGUUUAUACAAUCAAGUAAAAGCGCUUCACGAUGAAGCUGAUCGAGCUGCAGUCGAAGCCCAGGAUACAAUAGCGGAACUACAGUCCCAACUUUCUGAAGCAAGUGAAAAGAGCAAAUCUCUGGAGAAUAAUAACCGAAGACUAACUGAAGAGCUAACGUCCUUAAGGGGUGAAGUAAAUUCGACAAGAGGGAGCAUGGAGAUGGUAGACAGGGAAAAGGACGAAUUAUUGAUGAAAUUAGACGCUAAAACCGAAAGGUGUUCUAUGCUAGAGGAAGAAUUAUGUGCUAAAACUGAAAAGCUGAUGUGCUUAGAAGGAAGGUAUGCUGAACUACAGAAGAAAUUGAGUUCAAUUUACGACGAAUCAGCUGCUUUAGAGUUCCAAUUAAGGGCAAGUUGUCGAGAGAUUGAGAAUUUGAAAAAGGAAUUAGAUGAUGUCAUCAGGGAAAAAGAAUGUGCUAGCAGAGAAAAUUGUCGUUUGAUGGCCGAAAUUGCUGCAGCAAGAGCAGAUGCUAGAAAAUCAUCAAAUGAAUUAGAACAUGCACAUCGGCAAGUUGAAGACUUGAAAAUGCAAUUGCAAGAUUAUGUAAGAGAAGUCAAAAAGUACGAAGAUGCAUUGUCGCAGAAGGAGGCAGAAAGAGCUGAGCUAUUGGAGCAAUUCAAGGAUCUUAGCAAUAAGCACGCUCAGCUAACAAAUAAUAAACAAUCAGAAGAGGAGAGUGCUAAUAAUCAUAAAGUUCAAUUAUCAGCAACGUUAGAGCACGUUGCGACUUUAGAAAGAAAAAUAGAAGGGCACGAAGCGAUGGUAUGCAGCUACGAGAAACAGAUAAAAGAGAUGAAUCACCAAAUGGCCAGUAUGGAGAUGCUGGUUCAAGAACUGAAAAGGGAGCGAAACUGUUUGGAAAUGGAGUUGGAUAGAUGCCGUGAAUGUAGCAGCCAACUUGAUAAACAGAAAGAAGAAAUAUUAUCACAAUUGUGUUCAAAACGAAGCGAACAAGCCCAGAUGUGCCAAGAACUGGAAAAACUAAGAGGCGAAAGUACAACACUACACAGAAGGGUCGAACGGGAACAGACUUCUUGCGAGAGGGUGGAAAGGCUCUUGUGCGAAAAUAGGAAAGAAGCUGUGGAACUUAAACUCGUAAAUCAGGAACUUCUAUGUGAAGUAGACAGACUAAAGAAAACUGUGGAUGAGUUACAAGAGAAAAUUUUUACGGAAAAGCCAAAAUCAACGUCGACUGUUGAGUCCGGUUCGACUUGUGACUGUAGUUCUUCGGAUUGCUACCAUAAGCUAGGCCGCCAUGAAGAAAUAUCUCGUACCCAUUUCAAAAGGAAGCAUCACCGACAUUCAGACUCCAAAAAAUCGGAUCCAGAAAAAGCAAACAAAAAGAAGGGUGGCGUGUGCAAGUAUUUCAAGAAGACUGAAUCAAAAGACAAAGCCAAAGAGACCCCUGUUCGAUCAGGAUUCUCGGAUACAUCGUUUAAUGAUAAGAAGCAUAGGAAGGGUGGAGCACCUCAAAAUAUAGAAAGUUCGAAAAAGAACAGAAGUCGCUCAGUGCAAGAAAAAGUAUGUAAUGAAAGAGAGCAAGAAGUGCCAGGAAAGUGUGACUGGUAUCCCCCAAAGAAAGUAUCCCUCCUGUUGUCUCCAAGUGAUACGAAGAGACCCUCAAAUAACGAAACACUUCCAUUUGAACUUAAAUGUCCUGUCCUCAGUCAAAAUAAAUGUGCUAAUCAAAAUAAAUGCGCCAAUCAAAGUAAAACCGUUACUCAAAAUAAAUGUGCCAAUCAAAGUCAAUAUACUUCAGCUCAAAGUAAAUGUGCCACUCAAAAUAAAUGUGCCACUCAAAAUAAAUGUGCCACUCAAAGUAAAUGUGCCACCCAAAAUAAAUGUCCCACUCAAAAUAAAUGCGAAGCCGAUUCUACGAUAUUCAAAAAACGCCUUUGCUGCGAUAAUUUAUAAAAAAAGUCUUGAGUACCUGCACCAGCAAAAAUAUAUAACAAUAAAGUACAAAUAUUUAGUGGCCGAUAAGUAAACAGAUUGUAACAUUUUUUGAAACGAAUUAAAGAGUAGUUAUUUU